CACGACACGAAGUCUUCUUCCAACCUUACCUUAGAGACAGUUCAUAAAAUAAGAAAAGAAAAGAAAAGAAAAAGUUAGAGAUUUAGAGUGAGCGAUCCACAGUCAAAGACACAGAGAGAGAUCCAUAAACAACAUGGUUGCCCCGUCAGUUUGUUCAUCAUCUUCUUCUUCUUCAGAUGGGUCUUCGAGCAACACCAAGGCUUGGAUAGUGCAUGGCAUUGUCGCCGGAGUGGCAAUCGCGGUGGCGGUAGGCGCUCGCGCCUAUCUGGGUCGAUUUGGGAAGUUCCGGAGUCGGGUCGUCGGCAUCAUACCCGCCCGUUUCGCCUCAUCCAGGUUCCACGGCAAGCCUCUCGUUCAUAUUCUCGGAAAGCCCAUGAUUCAGAGAACAUGGGAAAGGGCAAAACUGGCGGCUACUUUAGACCAUAUUGUUGUGGCCACGGAUGAUGACAAGAUUGCAGAAUGCUGUCGAGGAUUUGGUGCCCAUGUCAUAAUGACAUCAGAAUCUUGCCGAAAUGGUACUGAGCGAUGCAAUGAAGCUCUUCAGAAGCUUGAAAAGAAAUAUGAUAUUGUUGUCAAUAUUCAGGGUGAUGAGCCUCUUAUUGAACCCGAGAUCAUAGAUGGGGUUGUUAAAGCCCUGCAGGCAGCACCAGAUGCGGUGUUUAGCACUGCAGUUACAUCUUUAAAACCUGAAGAUGCGUUUGAUCCAAAUCGAGUGAAAUGUGUGGUGGAUAAUAGAGGUUAUGCCAUUUAUUUUUCAAGGGGGCUGAUUCCGUUUAACAAGUCAGGAGACGUUAAUCCACAAUUUCCAUACUUGCUUCAUCUUGGAAUUCAGAGCUAUGAUUCAAAGUUUUUGAAGAUAUAUCCAGAGCUUCAACCUACGCCACUGCAACUAGAAGAGGAUCUGGAACAGCUUAAAGUCCUUGAGAAUGGGUAUAAAAUGAAGGUGAUAAAGGUAGACCAUGAGGCUCAUGGUGUUGACGCUCCAGAAGAUGUAGAAAAGAUAGAAUCUUACAUGCGUGAGAGGAACUUGUCUUAGAUAUAUCCGACAAUGACAAGGAUUCCAGUUCAUAUGUGCUCACAAUUACCAUUAUCAUUGUGAUUCAUUUCAAAUAGUAUUCAUUGGCAUUCUUCAGUGUACGAAAUGCUUGGUCCAAAGGGGAGAAAAUCAUGUUAAAUAGGAUAUAGAUUUAUUUAUGAGCCACUUUCCUUCAUAUUGUAGAGCUAUGUGAUUCAGUCAUAGAUUGCAGAUCUUGUUUCACCCAUGACAGAUAGGUUAAAUUUUAGAGUUAAAUGUCAAUGAGAAUUUUUUUUUUUUUUUGGGACUUUCCUUGUGAUUGAGUUUUGUGAAUUGGUAUAUUGAUUAAGGGAUUGUUAAAUAUUUGUAAUGAAUAAUUGUGAUAAACUUGGCAUGCAAGCAAAUCCAAUGCUCCUUAGAAAA